UAAUUUUGAUUUUUCGACACUUUUUCUCACUUUUUGCCAAAAUUUGAAGAAUUUUAUGCAAAAUUUUCUUUCAGGAAAUGAAAAACAGAUUUUUUGAAAUGAAUUCCAAAAACAAAAUGAAUUCGAAAACAGUUUCUCUUUUGGUCUCUUUGUUCGCGCUGCUCGCUGUCGUGACGUCAGCGUCGAGUCCGUGCGACAACAGCCCCGACCCGGUGGCGUGCGGGCGCGCGGUGUUGCUGAGGGGCCAGUCGCACAUCGGCAUUCCCAGCGCGUGCUUCUCCCCCGUGGACGCGGGCCCCUGCGCCCAGGACCUGAUCCGCAUCUACUACGACUCUAAGACGUACACGUGCAAAGCCUUCUCUUACAGCGGUUGCGGCGGAAACGCCAAUCGCUUCGUGAGUGUGAAGAACUGUUACAAACUCUGUCAUCCCUAUUAUCGCCAGCGCUUCGUCUCCCUUUCCAGCGACGCGGGCGCCGCGCCCAAGCAGUUGGCGCCCUUCUCGAAGAAAGAGGGCGACGAACCCGACAGCGAGGAGGCCGCAGCGUUGGAGCGCUCGCGCGCGACGUCCACCACGACAGCGACGUCGGAGACGACAACCGAGGGAACGACGACCACUGAGGGCACGACCGCCGAGACGACGACC